UUCCGAGGUCGCGGUUGACGUCAACGUUGUUGAAUUUGUGUUGUUGUUGAUGGUGGUGCUGCUGUCUUCACAACUGACAACAAUGGGAUCUUCUCUCGCUGUUACGAUGCCGCAUUUCUGAGGGUUGGGUGUGCACAUUGCACGCAGGCGCUGUCGCCAUGGCCGGCCUCGCCCUGGCUUUAGCCGCCGACUUGCCGGCGAUCGCCUCCAAAUCCAGCUUACAUUCUUUCUCCACCAUCAGUGCACUCGCGGCCACUGCCGCUGCCUCCUCUACUGUCUCAUUUCUGGGUCCCCCACUGUUCGCGCACUUCAUUGCUAGGGACUGGACCGAGCACGUUGCCUACUGUCAUGCGACAAUUGCAGAUGCAGACAACUGGGAAGAUAGUGUGUCUGUGCCAAUUCAGAGAUACGAAGCUGAAAAGAAGUACGACAUUGAGUUGAAGCCUCUUUUUUCUGCCUUUAGACCUAGGGCAAUUGGAGCAACAACAAUCAGAGCUCUCCUUGUUAAUUACCUCCCUUUGCUCGAGGCUUAUUUGCAACCCGAGGAUGACGAUCUCGAGGAAGAUCGUGAUCGUCCUCCGCGACCUCCGAUAGAUCCAGUUGUCCCGCUGAAGCGAUCAGUUACACACAUAUUGCGCGAGGUUUCUGUCAUCACUACAAGACGAGUACUGGAGAGGAUAGCCGUUCAUCAUGUUACUGAUCGUAUGGCAUGUAAACUUCUUAAAGAUAUUUCGAAGUCUGCAAUUCGCAAAGCGGGGAGGGACCUAUCUCCUGUAGAGAUGUUCACAGCUGUGAGCAAAACAACUUUUCGAGCUCAUGCAUUAGGAGUAUUCGCAAAUUGGAUGGUGCAAUUGAUGAUUGAUUCCUAUAGAAGUGUACGGAUAUCUUUCAUGGUGCGAUCGAAAAAGGGAAAACCAAUGGGACUGGAAAUAGUAGAGUUGAAACGACUAGCGCGUAGGACAGCAGGAAACACACUCAAGGGUGGUGCUUCUCUUGUCUUUGCAUCGAUUGGUGCUGGCCUUGGUACGAUCCUCAUCAGGCCCUCCACUGGAACCUGGAUCGGCUGCGCCGCUGGUGAUUUUGCGGGGCCUUUUUUGGUAGGACUUUGGUUGGACACUUGGAUUGUGUAUGACAGCUCUCCUCCCGGAUCAGAUUAAAGUCAGUGAGUGCUCAUUGUGAUCAUUCAAUGCACAGCAGUAGCUGGAAUGUUCGUCUCCAGUAGCUCACCAUUUUAGAAUAACAUUUAUCUGAGGGAGUCCUCGGAACUUUCAAGGUCAGUUUGUAUUCCGGUUUGUCAGAUGCAUGAAGAUGAUAGGAGUGAAAAACAGGUGGUAUCAAACAUUGGAUUGGUGAUUUUAUUCUUUUGUAUCAUUGCUACUUGUAUUGAAAACCAGGAAGCUUGGUUUGGGUUUCAGUUCAUAUUU